UAAAAAAUUUUUUUUAAUUAAAAAAAUUGAUGUUUUAGAUUGGUGAAACAUCACAAUGUGCUUCCGUUUUAUUCAUAAGUUGACAAUUACUGUAACAAUGUCCAAAUCAAAUGAAUAUGUCAAACCAAAAUCUACACACCAAUUGCUGCAGCAGCCGACCAAGAAAAGUCAGAAAAAAAUGGAGUAAAUUUGAUCUAUUUUACCCGAAAACAUGGCAUCCAAAAGAAUAGGUAAAAUGUUGUAAUUCCCUUGGCUCUCAUUACUUUUGCCACCUUUUCUUUGCUCAACUCUUUCAUAUAAGUAAAGCUCGCUGCUGCUGAACUCAUUCUCUACAGCAAAGCUAGCCUCAGCUUGAAAAGAAUUCAACUGGGGUUGCUUUUACCGGGUCAUUUCUUUAGACGUGUACCUUUCAUGGAGGUAUAACUAUAAAAGACUCCAAGAAAGUGUGGAGAGGAGGAGCCAUUCCAUUUAUUAUCUAAGAGCUGUUUUCCCUUUGCCUUCACUGACCCUUUUCAGAGGUUUUGGAUUGUGAUUUAAACAGCUUGCAUCUUAGAUAGAAGUCUAAAUUCUAAAAAAGAUGGCAAUGCCUUUCAAGGAAUUCUUCACCGAAUAUGGUGAAGCACAUCAAUAUGAAAUCCAAGAGGUUGUUGGCAAGGGGAGCUAUGGUGUUGUUGCAGCAGCAGUUGAUACUCAUACAGGAGAGAGGGUAGCGAUAAAGAAGAUCGAUAAUGUUUUGGAGCAUGUCUCUGAAGCCACCCGCAUCCUUAGAGAAAUAAAGCUCCUCCGGUUGCUUCGGCACCCAGAUAUUGUAGAAAUAAAGCAUAUUCUGUUACCUCCAUGUCCGAGAGAAUUCAAGGAUAUAUAUGUUGUUUUCGAGUUGAUGGAGUGUGACCUUCAGCAUGUAAUUAAGGCCAAUGACAGUCUCACUCCUGAACAUUAUCAAUUCUUUUUGUAUCAGCUUCUUCGAGGUUUAAAGUUUAUGCACACAGCAAACGUGUUUCAUCGAGAUUUAAAGCCAAAGAAUAUUCUAGCAAAUGCAGAUUGCAAGCUGAAAAUAUGUGAUUUUGGGCUUGCUCGGGCAUCAUUUGGAGAUACCCCAUCAGCUAUUUUCUGGACGGACUAUGUGGCAACUCGUUGGUACCGCGCUCCAGAACUUUGUGGUUCUUUUUACUCAAAAUACACCCCAGCAGUUGAUAUCUGGAGUAUAGGAUGUAUAUUUGCAGAAAUGCUUACAAAAAAACCAUUAUUUCCUGGGAAGAAUGUGGUCCACCAAUUGGAUCUGAUUACCGAUUUGCUUGGUUCACCAUCCACUGAAGCCAUUUCAAGGAUUAAAAAUGACAAAGCAAGGAGAUAUUUAAGCAGCAUGAAGAAUAAAUCCCCCAUUCCUCUCUCUCAAAAAUUUCCAGAUAUAGACCCAAUAGCUCUAAGAUUACUUGAGCGUCUGAUUGCAUUUGACCCCAAAGAUCGCCCUUCUGCUGAAGAGGCACUAGCACAUCCAUAUUUCCGUGGUUUAGCAAACAAGGAGCAUGAACCAUCUGCUCGGCCUAUUUCAAAAUUUGAAUUCGACUUUGAAAGAAGAAAACUGGCAAAAGAGGAUAUUAGAGAGCUCAUCUACAGGGAGAUUUUGGAGUACCACCCUCAGAUGCUGCAGGAGUAUCUUCAUGGCACUGACAAUACCAGCUUUUUGUAUCCAAGUGGGGUCGACUGCUUUAAGGAACAAUUUGACUUACUUGAGGGGCACUAUGGCAAAGGUGGAAAACAUGUUCUCCAUCCAAGGCGAUAUGCCUCCUUGCCUAGAGAGCGGGUCUAUGUUUCAAUAGACGAGGAAACUGAUCACGAUGGUGAAUUUGAAAGGCACGUUGAAGCAACUGUUGCUCAUAGAUGCCUUCCAAGCCCCCCAAAGUUACACGAGGUCAACAAAGCUGACACUAGUAAUGAAAAUGUAGAGCUAAGUACAACAAGCAACACUGCACGCUGCUUGCUGAGAAGUGCUAGCAUUAGCUUUUCCAAGUGUGUUGGGGCAAUUUGGGAGGACAGUGAGGAUACAACUUUCAAACGGUAUGAUAAUGGGAUUAGUAGAUCGUCCAAGGAGCCAGCAGCAUUGUUUGCUUGACUUCUUAUUCUGGAUGGAUGAGCUGGUGCUAGAUAGAUUUCUGAUUAAGAACCUUAAACAUAGAGGCAGAGGCGAACUCAGAAUUUUUACGUGACGGGGCACAAUAUUCUUCUCAACCAAUGCCCCCUAAAGGCUUUUAAUGUUAAGGGUGCCAAGUGCUUUAAAUUAACCAUUUUCAAGGUAUAUACAUAUACAUAUACAAGAUUUCUGUUGAAGCUUAUGUGGUCCGGUGACCCCUCACUAUAACACAUUGGUCCGCUUCAUUAUAGGAUUCUAACACUUAAAAACUUGAGUCUCGGGAAAAGAGAUAACUGUCAGCUUUGCGAACUAGGGCUGUGCACGGAUCGGAUUGGAUCGGAUUUAGCCUAUUUCGGAUUUCGGAUUCUGAAAAGGGCAAUCCGAAUCCGAUCCGAAUUAACAUUGGAUUGGAUCGGAUUUUAAACUUUGGAUCGGAUAAUUUUUCGGAUUGUCGGAUCGGAUUGUCACAAAAAUUUU